UUUCCGCGCCUUUUCGCAGUCGUGAUGGAUGAAAGAGCAAAACAACCUUCUGUAUUUCACCUACAUUAUCUCAUUAUGGAGUAAAUCACGCUUCCAUCCUCCGACUUCACAUGCAGGCGAUCUCGUGACUCUGGAUAACAUCGAAAUAUGUUGCUCCCGUCGGACGUCGCCAGACUUGUAUUGGGCUACCUGCAACAAGAAGGACUGAAUGCCUCAAGUCGAGCUUUUAUUUAUGAAAGCCCAAACCUGAAGGAAUAUGCCGAGCACAGUUCAGAGGACGGCAUCAUUCCUGCCUGUGUAUUUUCUCUUUUUGGAAAAAACCUGAUCACGAUUUUAAAUGAGUAUGUUGCUGUUAAAACAAAAGAAACAUGUCAAGAAAAUCAAAUCCCAGCAGUGAUGACGUCAUUAUGGAAGAAGCUCGACUUCACGCUCAGCCAGAUCAAGUCUCUGCAGAAUUCUCCUGCUGUGCAGCUGAAUCAGCGAAUGCGUACUAGGAAUAGCAUUCAAAACAUGAGACGUCAACAGAGACCCUUGCUGGAAGCACAGUCUCCUAUCUCUGGGCACCAGCCAGUGACCCCAUCAGGCCAGUGUGUUGUGCCUAGCACUGUGCCCACUCCUCAGGGCAUGCUGGGACAUUCAACACCAGUGUCUUACACUUCCCUACCAACCAGACCCUCCACCCUGUGUCUUAGUCAGGCAGGAGAGUCAACGUUGCAGAUACUCGUGCCUGAUAACAGGCUAAAUCCAGGACCUUUGUCCCCGGCCCGCAGAAAAUGUGACUCACCGAGGCGGAGAGGUGGUGGUCAGUUGGGUGCCAGUGGGACCAGCAAGGCCACUGUAGUGUCCAGCAGUCUCAUUGUUGAAAAUCAAAAUGAAGAAACCGUGACAGAGAACCUAUCUCAAAUAGUUAUAGAAAAUGCCAGAGAAAAAAUACUCAACGACAGAUCCUUACAAGAAAAACUUGCAGAAAACAUCAACAAAAUCUUGGCAAGUGACAACAGUCCUCAGACAUCAAAAGCUGCCUGCAGUACGGUGGAACAAGAGCAGUCCAUUGAUGAAAUCUUAGGCCUCCAGGGGGAAAUUCACAUGACAGAUGUUGCCAUCCAAGACAUACUGGCACAGACGGAGUCAGACCCCGCAUUUCAGGCGCUCUUUGACCUUUUUGACUGUGGGAAAAGUAAAACGGCUGAAGGCGGUGAACAGGUUGAUGGGAGUUUCAGUACUAGUGCACAAGAGAGUGACGAGGCUGGGCAUGUAGACAGUGCCUCUGAAAAUGGCACUGGACAGGAGGAUUCCACAUCUGGAGGAGAAAGCGGUGCACAAAACAUAAGCAACCAGAAUACAUCUGAAUCAAAUAGCAAAAAGAAAUCUCCUGGCCUUCACAAGUCUUCCUCCACAGCUCCACAGACACGUCACCUAACCAAACAAACUGGACGAGGAUCCACAAAUUCAAAGAGAGGGCUAAUCAGGGCUAGAGUUUCAUCAGGCGAUAAACAAUCCAGAGUUGCCACUUUAACUUCUUCAUUAUUAAACGAUAAAGCAGACUCACGUCCACCUGACCAAAUCGUAACAAGCUCUUCUUUCACAGAAGAUGGAAUUGCCAUGGAAAUAGACGAGCUGGAAAAUGAAAACUCUGACAGUGUAAAUAUUCAAAAUCAACUGGUAGUUCUUCACGAGAGCUCUCUCAGCACUAAAACACUCAAUAAUGUGAGCAGUCAAGUCUCUGUGUCAAAUAAGAGUCCUCAAACCACGUCCACUACAGAAACCUCUGAUAACACCUCUGUAAAUGAGCCUGGCAGAGUAGCAGGACAGAAUGUAGAGAUGGAAACCCCUUCAUCCAUUCAAAGUGAACCUGCAUCCACAUUUUACCAGCCCCAACCUGACGGGGACACAUCCAUCAAAAUCACUUCUCCACCUUCCUCAAAUAAAACACCUGUAACUCCCUCAUACACACCCAACACUCUGAAGAAUAAUCUCCCUUCAGCAAAUGCGUCAUCUUUCACCUCCACCACCUCAGCUUCUGGUGCACAGGUCAAAGAGCCUGACCCAAAUAAAAUAGUAUCUCUGAAAAUCAUAAUCAGUGAUGAGGAACAUGAAGUCCCUGCUGAUGCAGCACUAAACCAAGCUGUUUCCAGCAUCACCAGUGACCACAUCCCUACCAUCUUCCUAUCCUCUCCUGCCAAAUCGCCUGCCAAGACUUUGCCUGCGACCUCUGUGGUCAUAGCACAAGACGAAACCGCUCAGGCCGUGAGCUGUUUACAGGGGGCAGAGGGUGUUGGAUCAUUCGCAACACCUACAAGGAGCUUGCAGAGUAACGCUUCACUUCCACGUCUUGCAGGACAAGAAACCGGUUUCAUUCAGUUGCUGCAAGCUAGCCCCACCUUUGGGCCUUCAAGUGGCUAUUAUGUUGUUACUGAUCCGGCUGGAGCCGAACAGCGGUCUAAUGUUUUGCUGCUUCCAAGUAAUGUGCCUCAAGGGACUGUGUCUUCACUGCCGCAUAUGGUUGCGACGCCGCCCCGCCAGAGGACUGUGGUGUCCGUGGGGCCAAAUGUCUCUCAGACCUAUUCUCCUGGCUCCACUAUCAUUAUAUCGUCACCUGUACAGCCCAUGUUACAAAAUGUGAUGCUUCCAGUGUCUGUUAUGGGGCAGAAUACUGGAAAACUCACAGUACUUCCAAAUCAGAUGUUGACUUUGCCACAUUCAACCACUGUAAGGCAACCUACGAAAGUGAUUUCGCAGCAUAAACUGGCACCAAAGGAAAACACUGACAUUGGCAAAGCUGGCACACCGGGCUCUGUUCAAGUUUCUAAAGUGCUUUCCCAGACUUCUGAGCAAGAAAAGAUUGUAAAUGGGUCAAGCCCCAGCCACCGGCGGAUACUUUGCUUUGACGUCACGCCUGAAAACAAUGCAACUGGACCGAAUUCCUCACAGACAAGCAUGCUCACGUCCUCUACUGUUACAUCCUCCUCGACUCAAAAAGAAAUCACACCCACUGAAGCCAAACAGACUUCAGCUUCUGACACAUCCAAACGAAGAAUAGAAACAACUAGACUUCCAGAAGUAAAUCCCAACACUGGUGCAAAAGACUCCACAAAAGUCACCAUCUUUCAUCAACAAAAGGAAGCUAAGAAAAGUAGUGCGACUGAUAAAGAACCUAAUGUGAUUGAAAGUACCAAGCCUUCACACAAAGAGUCUGUUGUUAUAUCAGAAUCAGCGCAAAAAUCACAAAGCAAAGAUGCAGGGCCUUUAAAAUCAUCUGUCCCACAGAAACCAUCAGACAACUCAAAAGAAUCAUCAGGUGAAACGACUCUGCCAAAUCCACCAGAAAUGUCCUCAGAGAAAACAUCCUUACAAGAGUCUCCAGGCAUCACUGCUAAUAAAGAAAAUGAGCUAGAGAGCAGUCAAACAUCAGCACGUCCCACUGAGGAUCUCGUACCUUCUACAGCAAAAUUUGCAACACCAUUAUUAAAUUCUUCCAGUAAAGCUUUAUACAAAACGAGCCCUCUGACCAAGCAGGCCGUUGAGAUGCUGCAGGACAUACAAGGUCAGACACCUGUGGCAACUCCUCCGAAAAAACAAGCAAUCGGAUGUCCAGAUCUCCCUCUUCCAAGAACACCCGGACCGGGACGUGCACUGGAGGACCUGACGGAUGGAUUGAGAACGCCGUCCCGCCAGAGGCUGAGGCGGGAGGGUGAAAGCACACCUAGGCAUCUUCCGCUGCCUGCCACACCUGACAUCCCCUCCUGCAGUCCUGCCAGCGAGACGGGCAGCGAGAACAGCAUCAACAUGGCCGCUCACACCCUCAUGAUCCUGUCUCGGGCCGCCAGGACAGGAGGCCCUCUGAAAGACAGCCUGCGGCAGGAGGAGGCCGGUGCUGGGAAAUCUGCCAUCUCGAAAGGAAAGAAGCGAAAGCAGAUCGAAUCCAGUCCUACUGCUAAAAAAGAGCUACAGCUUUCCAGAUCCUCCAGUGGUAAAAAGAAAUCCAAGAAACAAAAGAAGCUGCUUGACUCCUUUCCUGAUGACCUGGAUGUGGACAAAUUCCUGUCUUCCCUGCAUUAUGAUGAGUGAAGAAGCUGAGAACGAGGUGCAUUGUGAAGUUCACCACCAUUUCAGGGACAAAACAAGCCAUGUGUGCUACUGAGAGCCACAAAAACAAUAAUUCUGAAGAGCUGCUUUCUGUUUUACAUCCAGAAUGUGAGAUAUUGUACAUAGACAUUGUAUUAGACUAGUAAUUAAAUUCAUACUUUAAAGAUAUUCAAAUACAGCCCCAGGCUGAUUCAGCACUCUUUAAAAAAUGGAAAUAAUUUAAAAAUAAAACGUUAUUUUUAACUACGUU